CCGCCCUUCUGACGUCACCCGGGGCGCCGUCGGCGCCGAGCGCAGUUCCCGCUGGACCCGCCCGGGCGCUGCGGCCGCGGCCCGUCCCGCCGGCAGGAUGUCAGCCAAUAUCCCUGGAAGCUCAAAUGUGGCUGCUGGCAGUAAUCGUCGGCUUCAGCAGACUCAGCACCAAGUAGACGAGGUUGUUGACAUCAUGAGAGUGAAUGUGGACAAGGUAUUGGAACGAGAUCAAAAGCUCUCAGAGCUGGAUGACCGUGCUGAUGCACUGCAAGCAGGAGCUUCCCAAUUUGAGACCAGCGCAGCCAAGCUGAAAAGGAAGUAUUGGUGGAAGAACUGUAAGAUGUGGGCAAUAUUGAUAGCUGUUGUUGUCAUUAUCAUCAUCAUCAUCAUCGUCUCCACUGUGUCUUCAUGAGUUACAGGAAGAAACUCAGAUCAACUGAAGGUGCCUCUGAAUCUUCAGCCUCUCCACUUCAAACCUGCUGCACUUUCAGUCCCUUUACUGCUGUUUAAAGCAAAAC